GUGGCUCGAGUCGCGCAACACUGACAUUUCAGCACUUUCUUGGAGGGGCAGCUACCGCGCCACAGACUUGCUUUGGAAAACGGUCAUCUUCAGUGCCAUUUUAUCAAGGUGAUUAUUGUACAAAUCCCUGAGAAGCAAUGGAUAAUAUUUUAGAUAACGUAUCUUUUACUGGACAUUCUGUCUUUUAUAACUUUACUGACGAUUGGAUACCUGCUGAAAGAGAAACUAUUGAUUUUAUCAUAAGAUGUGUCAUACCAACUGUGUAUAUUCUGAUCAUAACGAUUGGGUUGUUGGGGAACAUUACCUUGGUUAAGAUUUUUAUCACCAACAGUGCAAUGAGGAGCGUCCCCAACAUAUUUAUUUCGAGUUUGGCAGCUGGGGAUCUUUUGCUUUUGGUCACUUGUGUUCCAGUGGAUGCGUUCAGAUACUUCUAUGAGGAGUGGAUCUUCGGUGUUGUGGCUUGCAAACUAAUUCCGGUCAUUCAACUCACUUCAGUCGGGGUCUCGGUGUUCACUCUCACUGCACUAAGCGCGGACAGGUACAAAGCCAUUGUGAAUCCUAUGGACAUCCAGACAUCCAGUGCUGUGUUCUGGACAUGUCUGAAAGCUGUGUCCAUCUGGGUGAUCUCCGUCCUCUUGGCGGUGCCCGAGGCCAUCUUCUCCCAGGUAGUGCACAUCCAGGACAAGAAUGUGACCUUCACCGCCUGCGUGCCCUAUCCCCUUUCCAACGACAUGCAUCCCAAGAUCCACUCCAUCCUCAUAUUCCUGGUGUACUUCCUGAUUCCCCUGGGGAUCAUCUCUGUGUACUACUUCCACAUCGCCAGGACUCUGGUCAAGAGUGCUCACGACAUGCCUGGGGAGAUCAGUGAGCACACGAAGAGACAGAUGGAGACGAGAAAACGGCUGGCCAAAAUUGUUCUGGUUUUCGUGGGCCUCUUCGCUCUUUGCUGGUUCCCCAACCAUGUCUUGUACAUGUACCGCUCCUUCAACUACCGUCAGAUCGACUCCUCUCUGUCGCACCUCAUCAUCACCCUGCUAGCCCGGGUGCUAAGCUUCUCCAGCUCCUGUGUCAACCCGUUUGCCCUCUACCUGCUGAGCGAGAGCUUCCGCAGGCACUUCAUCAGCUCACUGCACUGCAAGAGGAAGCCCCACCACGAACGCAACACUAGCUACCUGCAGCACACCUCGGCCAUAAGAAUGACCUCCAUCAAGAAGACCACCCCUACUGUCAUCAACGGACAUGGCAACAGCCAGGAGGUCACUCUGUAGGUUUAGGAUGUCACCUGAUGACAUGUAAGUGGUGGGAGUGGCACCAAAAAAAGUUCCGUGCAAAGCUUUACAAGGUGAACUAUUAUGAAAAGGUCAUGCAUGUGUGUUGAACAGAAAAUGCUUUGUUUGAAGCUGUCUUGUCUAUACAUUCCCCACAAAGCCACAUAUCACUGCUGAUGAGAUGAUCACCCAUGAAUUGAACGUAUACGGACAUGUUGUCAACAAAUCUCUUGAGAGAUUCCGGUAUCAAAGGUGAAAUAAAUAAAAAAUACAAUAAAUCCA